CUCUUCACGGAAGAAGCCGCUCCUUCCCCCCAGACUACCUCUCCUACCCACACCUUCAACAAAUCUGCUUCUGCAAUCUCUCCUUCUGGCCAGAUGCAGCAUCAUGCUGGGACCCAGCCAUUAGAUAUUACGCCAGGUAGAAUUCCUGUUUAUUAUCAGAUGUCCCGCCUCCCGCCAGGGUAUUCAGCAUACGAGACACCUACAGCAGGUGGAAGCCCAGACUCUCCUCAGCAAGACAGUCAGCUGAGCUCAGAGGUAGCUGCUGCCAAUGGUGGACAGAGACAUCUGGAGCAUAAUGUGGUGAGGAGGACCAGCGAGGCUGUGGACUCUGCCAGCAGUAAAGCUGAAGACUCUGUGCCAGGGGCUGCAGCGGGAUGUGUGGUCGAUGGACAGUUCCUUUCAGGUUACCAGACGUUGGGAACAGAGGUCUCAGUGCCAGCUCACAGAAGCACCCCAGACACUGAUCUGGAGGUUCAGAGGGUGGUGGGGGUGUUGGCAUCUCAGGAUUAUCAUAUUCUGUCAGCCCAGAGGAAAGAUGACCCAAGCCCUUUAAACCUCUGCCAUAAUAUCCCUGAUCAGCAGGGGGAGUCAAAGGACGUGCUGAGGAACACAGUGGAGAGGGCUGCUGCUGAGAAAAGCCAGUCCAGGAGUCCGUGUGUAAUGUCCCCUGAAGAGCCGGUCAGACAAAGACAGUUAACCAAAGGAAUGGUGAUAGCCAACGGCAAGCCAGUCCUGGUUCCCGUUGGAUCUGAGCCCAUCAGGUCUUCCACUGCAGAAACCCUGGUGAGGCAGAGCCCAGAUGCACAGGCUCGAGGAAGCGUGCUUGAAAAGGACCUGGCCCAGCUGCAGCCACCCAGCUCCUCGCACUUGCCCUCUCACUUCAUGAAGGGAGCCAUCAUCCAGCUGGCUACAGGAGAGCUGAAGCGGGUAGAGGACCUGCAGACUCAAGACUUUGUUCGCAGUGCGGAGGCUGUCCUAGGGCCUGAAACUUUGCAGAAGCUGCUAAGAUGGCUACGAAUGCACAUUCUGUACGGUUUGGCCCAGGGCGUGCUCCAUGUAUGGCUUAAAAUACUGAUGGCCAAGGCCCUUCCACGGUCUUCACAUCUUGUCCGUGGAGGACAGGACUUGCCCCUAAUGUCCUCCUAGGCUGCUGCCACCCCGCCCUGCAGAUGCACCCGUGCACAUUCGAGUUUUCCGCUUUCAUGGCACCUUAGGGCCAGGGGAGGGGCUGCCCGUGCAAAGCAGAGACAGACGUGUGGCACUGGGGGAACCAGCUGGGCUGCCCUGAGGCAAGGAGGUCUUUGUAGAUAAGUGCUGAUCCCUCAACUAUAAUCCCAGUUAUGUAAUGGCUGUAUUAACAUGUAACCGACCGCAUUGUAUCUAAAGCCUUAGAACUAGUCAGGUGCUCCCCUCCGACCCUGUUCCUGCCCCUUUCCUCCUACCUGAUCUUUAACAAAGCAUUAAUAAUUCUAAGGAUAAUCUCUAUUUUGUUGUGCUUUUUUUGUAACUGUUUUAAAUAAAUCAAUUUGUACUGUAUAUUUGUACUUUUGGUGAGAUCCUUUUUCCUGUUUUACCAUUUUAAGUCUGUACUUGGCUACACACAGAUUGUAUUUUU